CGUGCGUGCGUUAUUUUCCGCAUAUUUAUAUAGAAAAUGUCAUAAUUAAUUAAUAAAACUAUUGAAAAAGUGAAAAACAAUCACUAAAGUAAGUGGGUGCAGUGAAAACGGCAUGAAAACCGUGCAGGAAGUGUAUCAAAUCAACGAAUGAAAAUCGAAAAACCUGCUUAGAGUAAAGGUAGUGAGAAAAAUUUUUCAUCUUUCGUAUACACGAGUAAUUUAGUGUGUUCGUAUGUAGCGAGAGUGCGUGUAGUUGUGUAUAUUUUUGUGAGUGAAUUUUCGGUUUGCGCGAAUGGUAACAGCGAGAGCGCACAGCCAACGAAAAAAACGAAAACAAACUAUAUAAAAAGGUAAAUGGGUUGAAAAUGCGAAACGGUAGUGAAAUAUGAUAAAUAUAGUGAAAAUAGUAAUAUUUAAAGCGAAUAUCAAUAAAAAAUUAACAUAAAAAGGUUGACAACAAAUAAUAUUUGAAACUUUGCAGACAAAAAUAAGUUCCAACGCUGCAACAAAGACGGAAAUCUGGAUUUAAGCAGAAGAUAACUACAAAAAUAGCGUUUGCCACAAACCAGCACUCGAAAAACAUUUAUCAAAUCCCCAGAAAGCGCUCAGUAAACGCUUAAGCAAAAUCUCACAGCCAAAAACAGAAAUAUGGUCAAAAUGUGAGGCAACGAAAAGGAAAAAAACAAGUUAAGAUCUCGCUAAAAAAUGCAUAAACGCAAGAGAGCAAAGUGAAAAGAAACAUUAUUAAAAAAAACGUAAACACAGGGUAUAAGAGAGAGCCAGAGAGUGAGUGGUAGAAAGAGAUAGAAGCCAAACCAACAGAAAAUAUUAGUGGAGUAGCAGCGAAAUUCGCUAAGAAUUUGCGACUACGCAAAACCGAGCAACAACACAUCGUUCCCAGUCCUUGCGCCGUCAGCCGUUCAGGCACACAGAGUCUCGAUUUACCCUCAUUGCAUGUUCCUUGAGAUUGAACACAUGCAAAUGUGAGACGAAAAUAUAACAAAAGCAACAACAGCAAAUAACGACGAGCUGUCAUAACGUCAAGACGAGGAAGAUGCAAAGGAAAGUAGUAACGACGGUGUGAAGCGUCCCGAUUUUAUAGCAAAGAAAAUUCGAGCUAAAGACAGCAACAACAACAGCAAGCAAGCACACGCGGUCGGUCAACGUGCCUGCAACAAUAGCGAAGCAAAAAAAAAAUACAACAAAAAACCGUACAAUUUUCGGUGUGUGAGAGCGCGAGCAGAGCGCUAAGCAGAAACACGACGCUACUAUAAAAGUCAGCGGGCUUAUACUCACAACUCAGCUGCAGCUGCAACCACGGUGAGGAAAAUUAAUUUUUUCCCUAAAGUUGUAGCGCAUAAAAACAGGUAUUGUUUGCAACAGAACGAGGGUGAAGCGAGAGCACGAGCAGCAGAACUAUCGACGUGUCAAAGCAGAUAAGGCGAAAGAGUGGGAGAGCGCGCGCUAUAAGUAUACGAAAAGUGCAUAUAAACGCAUUGAGGAGAGCCGAAACGAACGCAGUGUGAGAGCAUUGCUGGGAGAGAGAGAACGCGCGAGUGAGAGGGAGUUUUUAAAACACCAAGUCUUGCAACGCGAGCAGCUUGCCACAACUGGAACUGUUUUUAGUUGCACCGCGCGAUUGUAUUUGUAACGACGGGUGGUGUGGGUACACAACAACUGCAACAAAAACCAAUAGUCGUCGGGCUGGUUGCAAGCAAAAGGUGGUCACGCAAGUCAAAAGCAACAUACGAACCAAACAAGCAAGCAACGAACGAGCUAAAUAACAAACCGCCACUCAAUAAGGAAGCAGCGCGCGGCAACACAACACACCGAACAAAAAGGUGCAAAAGAAAAACAAUAAAGCCAGCUGUCGGCUAAUACCGUGUGCUGGAAACGAAACACGCACACCACAUACACAUACAGCAGCAUUUACAUACGCAAGGCGGCAACACUACACUUUACACCUUUUAUCCUACACAAAGUGGAGUGGAAUAGAGACUUGGCUGACGGAUUGACUGAAAAGUGUAGCACGGCAGAAUAGUUUUUGUUUUUGAGGCGCGUGCACGCUCAAGGAAUUGCAGCAGAAACGUGUCGGUUGUGUUACGAAAGAAAUUAGCACCCAAACGGGGUGGCCAAAUCGACGAGUAGUGAACAAUUGCACACAGGGACGUGACGCGCAUAUCCCUGCGGUGCGCUAAAACGGGUUAAAAAUAGUUUAAAAAAAAGUAAUAACGACAACAAUAAUAACGUGUGGUGACUAGUUUACAGUUAAUGCUGACGCAUUCGCAAAUGCAAAUUUCAUACGAGUAUUAUUAUGGGCCGCUCCAAGUUUCCCGGGAAACCGUCCAAGUCGAUUAAUCGUAAACGCAUCAGUGUAUUACAAUUAGAUGAAGAUGCGUCGACGACGGCGGCGACCGAGCCGGAGGAUGGUGUAAGCGCGUCGGCAACGACGUGUGUGGGUGGUGAUAAGCGCGGCGGCGGCGGCGGCAACUGUGAUGACGACGAAGAUGGACACAAUAAGAAGGGUGGUGGCCCCGGCAGCGGUAUCGGUGGAGGCGGCAGUAGCAGCCAAGCCGGUACGAGCGGUGGCGCCGGUGGCAGCGGCGGCGCACGCAAUGGCCGAAAUGUGAAUGGCAAUAGCGGCGCCGCCAACAACGGCAGCAGCAAUGGCGCAAGUGGCAGUAGUGGCGCUAGCGCUGCCGAUAACGUUGCCACACACAAACAAUGCGCUGCUGCGAAAAACGCUACCGAGACGGCAGUGAAGAGAGCAGCGCUGAAUGGUGUGAGCGGCGGCAAAGGCAAAAGUAGAAGCAGCAAUCGGGGCAAAAGCAAGCACAAGGAUACAACAGAUAAAAAGCUCCCAACUGCACUUGAUGACAACAAACAACGUGAUGAAAGUGUGGAUAAAGCAGACGAUGAAACGCGCGCAACGCGCCAUACCACAGCAGCGAAUGAUAAAGUUGAUGCUGAUUGGACGGUGACUGUGGCAGCGCAUAAUGCGAAGAAGCAGCAAGCUGCCAUAAUGACAACACCAACUGAAGAUGUCGAUAAGAUGGAUGCGCACACAACAGAUAUGCCAGAGUAUGCUGAAAUGGAUGAGGAUGAUGCUGAUGGCUGUGAUGUUGAGCGCGUUGCCGUUGCCGAUGACGAUAUCGACGAGGACGAGUACGAGGAUGACAAUGCAUCGUCUACUAGUCGCAAAUCACAGCAAUCCGGCUGCUCAACAGCCUCCACGACAAGCUCCUCCGCCACCAUUACAACAACCAUCAACAGCAGCAACACAACGACGGUGGCAUUGUCAUUUAGUCGCAGUAAGCGUGAUGGCAAAUUUAAAAACUUGAAUCUUGCCAAGCCCGAGGUGAUGUUGCCGUCAUCGGCCAAAUUACGGCAACUGCAAAAGCAAAACCAACUUAAUUGCGCAUCACCGCCACCAACGGUGAACGGCAGCAGCAGCAGCGGUGGCAACAACAAUGCCGCACUAACAAGCUGCAACAAUAAAAGUACAACAACAACGCUACCCGCAGCGACAAUACCGGCCACAUCGCUAUUUACGCGUAUCUCGAAUCCCUUCGCGGUGGCUGGCAAACUUUGCGCGACGACAAACGACACGGAUGACGACGAGGCAUCGUGUAUCAUGGCCGUUGAUGCGGUAAUAAAUGGCGCUGGUGUGGGCACAACUACUGCGCAGCACGGUGACAGUAGCGUUGGCGGUGGUGGUAGGGGUGCUGCUACUGCCGGUGCGGAAGACGGUUGUGUUGACAACGAAGGCGGCGCUGCAGUGAAACCCAACACGAAGACGAAUGAAAUGCCUACAACCAGCUGCAGCAGUAGCCAAAGGCCCAGUGAUAGUACGACCACAGCAGCAGCAGCAGCUACGACCGGCAACAACAGUAUUGGUGAGUCAGCCACUUCAACCACAACGACAAGCGGCAAAAACAGCAGCAAAGCAGCCGCAAGUACAAGUAGUGCAGCAGGAACCGCGGCCGUCGUUAGUAGUGUAUGCUCCACAACGGCCGCGCCAUCAACCGUGUCCUCGUCAUCAUCAUCGUCGUCGUCGUGCUCGUCGUCUGCUUCCUCAACCGCAUCGGGUAGCAAGCAGAAAAAGACCGUCACAUUCAAGAAUAUACUCGAGACGAGCGAUGAUAAGAGCGCCGUGAAGAAGUUCUACAAUCCCGACAACCGCACGCCGCUCAUCUCGAUCAUGAAAAAGGAGUGCAUGAAUAGGCCGUUAUUGUACUCACGCAGCGGCGAAUGCAUUGUGCGACCGUCACGUCUAACCGAGAUACUCAAGAACAAUUCAAAUAUCGACAAACUGAAUUCCUUAAAAUUCCGCUCCAGUCACACAAUCGGUAGUGCUGGUGUAGCGACGGCAACAACAACUUCAAUGAGUAGUGCCAGUGCUGUUGGUGGCCAUGCUGCAGCAAUGGCAUCGGUGUUCGGCGGUACGGCACUUGCUUGUGCUUUUGGUGCACCAGCUGCCUUUGCCGAUGACCGCAAGCAUGACACAGUGGCCUUUAGGCUAAGCGAGACCAGCAAGCAGACCGCAAACGGCUAUACAAACGAAAUAAACCCCAAGCGUGAGCAUGGCGCGGAAGGCGCUGAUUCAAACGGUACACACGAAUUUAUAGCGGAGGAGCUAGCUGGCGAUUUCCCUCGCGUUGAUGACGACAGUGAGAAUGUCAAAGCUGCUGAGGACGAAGAUGAGAUCGCGCAGGAGGAAGACGAAGAGGAGGAGCAACAAAUUGUGAUGGAUAAGCAUUUUGUGCUGCCAAAGCGCAGCACACGCUCCUCGCGUGUUAUCAAGCCCAAUAAAUGGUUGCUGGAAGAUGGCAUCAUUUGCAAGAAGGUGUCACAUGCAAAGACGAAACAAACACACGCAACCACAACAGCGACGGCGGUAUCAACAACAACAACAACUACAAGUAGUGGCAGUAGCGUUGCUGCAGCGAAGAAGGAGCAACAAAACUAUUUCGGCUUGGGUGACUAUACGGAGACAGGCAACGGCGCUGGCGAUACUUUAGGUAUCAAAAGCGGCAAGGAUAACAAGAGCUCCGGCUUCGGCGCAACCACAUUCGGUUCGAAUUUCAGCUCACUGAAAGCGAACAGUUUUGUUUUGCGUCAGCCACGUUUGCAAUUCGACUCGCUCGCCGAACGUAAUGCAACAGCGACUAUUACAAAAUCCUUAAAUAACCCAGCAACAGCACCGUUGUCCAUUACCGUGCCGAAGACGCAGCCAGCAAUGUUGGGCUUGAAGUCUUCAUUACCCAGCAGCACAGCUGGCGCCACUUUUGGCAUGAGCAGUGUAAAUAAUUUGGGCAAAAGCUCACCAGGUUCUUCCUCCGCCCUGUGCAGCGUCUGCAAUACACCCGUGCAUUGUAGCAACUUGCAGCAGCCACGUAAGUAUGGUGUUCCCGCGUGCAUCGCCUGUCGCAAGUUCAUCUCGAAAAUCUCAAAAAACAGCUCAAAUACAUCACUGAAGAACUCCCAACUGCACUGCAAGGGAGAUGGUAAUUGCGCACUGCAGCCGCAUACCAAAAUUCAUAUCAAGAAUUUCAAAAAGAUCUACAAAGAACGCUGUACAUCGUGCUGGCUGAAAAAGUGUCUGCAAACUCUACAAUUAUCACCCGGUGACAAAUUGAGUUUGAGCGCCGCCUUGCCACAUUCACUGCUCAAGCAAGUAGAGGCAAAGCGGGAGCGUGACCACGAAGAUGAUGGCGAGUCAGCGGCACGCAAAGAAACCGAUUUGGCCGAUCUCUCACCGACGGGUGGACUCUUUGGGACGGCACGUUUCAACUGGAAGUCCACAUUGGAUGCCACAGCUGAAGGUUUAAAAUUGAAUCUAAAAAGUAAUCCACUGGCGGAGAAUAAUGCGACGUUCGGCAGUUCGGCUAUACUGCGACCGCCAAUACUGGAGAAGCCACUCUUCCUGAAGAGUCCAAUUGAGGCAACGCCGUCAUUGCAGCAGCAGCAACAACAGGAGAAGCUCGAAAAAACACACAGCAUAAAUAGCAAAAAUGAAGCCAAACCGCAAGAGCCGGUGGCAGCUGAGAGCAACACACAGCGUGUGGCAAAGAACAAGCGUAGAGAGAAGCUAGAGAAGGAAAAAGAGCGGGAAAAAGAAAAGGAACGCGUCUGUAAAGCGCCAGAAAAGGAGAAGGAACGUGAAACAAGUCAACAAAAGUCAGUGGCGACUAAUAAAGUAACGGUAACUGAGGCCGCUACGCAUGCGUUAGCCGUCAACACUAAACCAGAGACUAAUGAGAUAUGCACAAGAUCCGCCAAAGCAGCAUCUCUAUCGCCAACAGCGGCAGCAACAACUGCUGCUGCUGCAGCAGAGACGAGUAGCACAGCGUUAGUUGCUAGCAGCACGCAAACUCUCUCUGCUACAACCACAACUGGCAGCACAACCACAACAGCAACCAGUGAGCUGAAACGCCAGCGCAUCGACUUGAAGGGGCCGCGCGUAAAGCAUGUCUGUCGCAGUGCGUCGAUUGUGCUUGGACAGCCGUUGGCCACCUUCGGCGAAGAAACCGAAGAGGAUGACGAAGAUAGACUUACCAUAGCCGAGUGCGAGGUGACUGCAGAAACACAGGCAGACUUAACGUCAACACCCGCUAAACCCGAUGAAAUUGUAAUCGAAAGUAGUAAUGAGGACACGACCACCACAACAACAGCUGAAACGCCGCACACGCACAAAAUUCAGCCAACAAAAGAUCCGAUAACAAUUCAGAGCGCAGAGGAAACUCCUAAUAAGAAAACGGUGGCGCAGCAACCUGAGGCAACCGCGCAGCCUACACAGCCACCAAUUGCGGCGAAAUCAAAUGAAAGCGCUAAGACCGCGGCAGUUAUCGAAAGUAGCGCACCAAAGGCUGAACCGAAUGCCGGGCAACCUGCGGCCAAAACGCCGAAAAUCAGCAACAAUACAACAGCUGAGAAGAAAGAGGUUAGCGCUGUCGAUGAAACAACAGUCGAAGCAACUGAGAAGUCCUUGUUGCCACUGCAGCCUUCCAAGGCGGUCACACGUAAUUCAAACACGAGUAAUAUUAACUUGCAAAUACAACGCAACACUACAACGUCCUCCUACGCUACGACUUUCGGCAAAAAGCCGAUACGUCAAAUCAGCAGCGACGCCAACAUAGCAUAUCAACAACAACAGCAACAGCAGUUAUUGCGUCGCAAAGAGCCACAAAGGCCGAAAACAUUGAUCUCAAUCGAUUUUUGGGAGAACUACGAUCCAGCUGAAGUGUGUCAAAGCGGCUUCGGCCUAAUCGUCACCGAAACGGUAGCACAGCGCGCACUCUGCUUCCUCUGCGGUUCAGCCGGCUUAGAGCCACUGAUCUUCUGCGCCUGCUGCUGUGAGCCAUAUCAUCAGUAUUGCGUAAUGGAUGAGUAUAAUUUGAAGCAUUCCUCAUUGGACGACACCAUGCUCAGCUUCAUGGAUAUUUCGACAAUGGGUCACAGCACCGCUGCGCCCACACCCGAGCAACUAAAUCAAAUUACAAAUCGCCUUAAUUGGCUUUGUCCACGUUGUACUGUCUGCUACACGUGCAAUAUGUCGUCCGGUUCGAAGGUAAAAUGUCAGAAAUGUCAAAAGAACUAUCAUUCCACAUGUCUGGGCACUAGUAAGCGCCUACUGGGCGCCGACCGCCCACUCAUCUGUGUGAAUUGUCUCAAAUGCAAGUCUUGCGCCACAACGAAAGUUUCGAAAUUCGUCGGCAAUCUGCCCAUGUGCACGCCCUGCUUCAAACUGCGGAAGCGCGGCAACUACUGUCCGAUCUGUCAGAAGUGUUACGAUGACAACGAUUUCGAUCUGAAGAUGAUGGAGUGCGGCAACUGCAAUCACUGGGUACAUUCGAAGUGCGAGGGACUCUCCGACGAACAAUACAACCUACUGAGCACAUUGCCCGAGGCCAUAGAAUUCAUUUGCAAGAAGUGUGCGCGCCGUAACGAAGACUGCAAAAUGAAGGCGGCCGAAUGGCGCAUGGCCGUAUCGGAGGAGUUCAAGAGCAGUCUAAUGAGUGUGCUGAAGCUGCUGAGCAAGUCGCGACAAGCGUGCACGCUACUUAAACUAAGUCCGCGCAAGAAGAUGCGUUGUGUUUGUGGUAAUAGCACAGCGCAGUCAAGCCAUCGCGCACAGCCGAAGAGUCUACAAUUCAGCAAUGAGGCCGAGCGCUUGCCACACUCGUUAGCGGGUAGCGAUGGUGAUUCUCAAUGCAGCGAUGUCUAUGAAUUCAAGGAUAAACCCAGUGAAGGCAAGCUGCAAGACAAAUGCACUUGCCAGCUAAAGACGUCAAGCUACAAUAGUGUGUAUGUCAAUAGCAGCGCGCAAAUAAACACGCUUAGUCUAAUGGAUAUUAAAAAGAAAAUCAACAAUAACGACUAUGUUUCGCUAGCCGAAUUCAAUUACGACAUGAUCAAUGUCAUCCAGAGUGUGAACUGUGAUGAAUUGGUAAUUGCAUAUAAUGAAAUAUUGAGUGAGCAAUUCCCGUGGUUUCAAAACGAAACAAAAGCCUGCACCGACGCGCUCGAAGAAGACAUGUACGAGUCCUGCUCCUAUUCAUUGGGCAAUUCAAUGGAUGCACAAGAUGAUUUUGUCGAAGAAGCGCACAAUCGUUCGGUCAUCGAUCUGCCCGACGAUAUCGAAGAGGUGUUGUACUCGUUGAAACCGCGUGACGAUCUGCGUACCUGUCUUUUCUGUCGCAAAUCCGGUGAGGGUCUCUUCAACGAAGAAUCGCGGCUACUCUACUGCGGUCAUGAUUGCUGGGUACACACGAACUGCGCCAUGUGGUCCGCUGAGGUGUUUGAGGAAAUCGAUGGCUCUUUGCAGAAUGUGCACAGCGCCAUUGCGCGGGGACGUAUGAUAAAGUGCACCGUUUGUGGGGGACGUGGCGCGACCGUCGGUUGCAAUGUGAAAUCGUGCGGUGAACAUUAUCACUACUCAUGCGCACGCAACAUCGCCUGUGCGUUUCUCACCGAUAAGUCAGUUUACUGUCCGGAGCAUGCGCGCAAUGCGCUACGCAGCAAUUCGUCACUGACAAUCGAGACGAAUUUCGAGGUGGCGCGUCCCGUCUAUGUGGAACUAGAUCGUAAGCGUAAGAAGCUGUUGGAGCCCUGCAAAGUACAGUUUCAUAUCGGCUCGCUAGAAGUUAAGCAAUUGGGCAGUGUCUUUCCACGUUUCUCCGAUACUUAUGAGGCUAUUAUACCGAUUAACUUUAUCUGCUCACGUUUAUACUGGUCCUUCAAGGAACCAUGGAAGGUCGUCGAGUAUACGGUACGCACAGUUGUACAAAAUAACUAUUCCACAUUGACAGCGCUCGAUGCCGGUCGCAACUUUACGGUGGAUCACAGCAAUCCGAAUCUUUCACUGGUUCAGCUGGGCCUGGCGCAAAUCGCCUGUUGGCAUAGCAGUCUGGCGCGUGGUGAAUUGACGGACUACGACGCGGUUGAGUUGCGCAAUUCAACGCUGACAAAAUUGCUGCCCGAGUACUUAAUACAGAGCCAGAAUUCUUGCCCAGCACCAGAUGAAAAUACCGAAGAAGAGCCGCAAACCAAUGCCGACUUAUUACCGCCGGAGAUUAAGGAUGCCAUUUUCGAAGAUCUGCCACACGAUUUGCUGGACGGCAUUUCAAUGCUUGAUAUCUUUCCGAAAUGUAUGAUUUAUGAGGAGAUGUGCGGCACAAGUGAGGGCAGAACGGCUGAGAUGUAUCUGAAUGAACAGUCGAAAGACGGCGCUGUUAACUCAACAACUGUUGCAGCCGCCUUAUCUGCAUCAAAUGCCGCCCAUAGUGGUAAUUGUAGCGCCUCUAGCGCACAGGUGUCGGAUGAGGAUACGGCGAAUUCGUCACUCAGCAAACAAUUGGAGCUCAGCAAUUCUUGUUCGUCCACCAAUACCAACAUAGCCAUAGGUCAUGUGGAGGACGCGUUACUGUCGUGUACACGCACCACAAGCACACAGUUGAAGCGUGCAAUGUGCGCCUCGGAGUUGCAACGCAGCACCGCCGAAUUGCGCAAGAAAACCUUCAGCAAGUUUGAAAGCGCCAACACAGCCGCGGCAGCUGCGGCGAUUAAAAAACGCAAACUAAACAAAGGUCUACCCGAGCUACGUCUUACGGAGAGCAUCCUGCAGAGUCUGAGCCAACACCGCACAAAGAAAGACAAUGCAGCAAUUGCUGUGAGCGCUUCACGUCGCCAGUCGGUUUCCAGCGAAUCGGAAUGUGCCACAACGCUACGCACAAAGCAAUUCACAUGGAGCGCCGCUAAGCGUUACAUAGAGCCGCAUACAGCCGAUGAAAAAGAUGACACGAAAAUUAAGCUGAUGCAAGUCGACGGUGUAGAUGACUCGAUUACCGAGUACCGCAUCAUCACUAGUGACGCGCAGUUCACCGGCACCGUCAAGUGUGAACGCUGCCAAUGCACCUACCGCAACUAUGAGUCCUUUCAACGGCAUCUUGCCACCUGUGAACCGCUCUCGACCAGUGAAUCCGAAUCCGAGGCCACCUCGCGCUCGCCGGGUUCUGCAGUAAACGGCAGUCCACCGCUGGCCGGAAUGGAUGCCAACAUCGAUCUGAGCAAACUGGGUCAGGCACAACGCACAACUACGCUCACCAGCAGCGCCAACAGUUUGCCCUUUCUACAAGCCUUCUCGCAGGCCAUACCACUCGGCAGCAUACAGGCGAAUAUCAAUGGCAUACCUAUAGCAAAUAUGAGCAAUGGUUUCCAGAGCGUACAAGGGCUGCAAAAUAUACAGACCUUACAAAACAUACAAGGUUUGCAGAAUAUACAACUGCAAAGCUUGCAGGCGCCCCAGCCACUUGGUGGCGGUUUCUUCAUUUCACCAGCAAAUCCAACCACAUCAAGCACCGAUGAGGUACAGCUACUGAAUUCGCUACAAGGUUUGACGGCAAAUUUGAAUGGCACCUACACCUUGGCGCCCACUGCCGGCUUUGGCACCACCACGGUACAGGCCGCGCAACAGCAGCCGCAGCUCAUCGCCGUCUCCUCGUCACCUGAUGGCACACAACAGAUCAUACAGUUACCUUCGGGCGUCACAACACAAUCAAUGACCAACCAGCCGUUGCUGCAAGGACUCAACGCCUUCCAAACACUGCAGACGACAAGUGGCGACAAGAAAAUUGUGCUGCCGAUCGCGAGUGGCAAACCGUUAAAAACGGUUGCCACCAAAUCAGCGCAGCAAGCAGCCACAGCUGCUAAGCAUAAGCUGAAGGCCAACAGCCAAACCGUAAAACCAAUACAGUCAAAGUUAAACGCAGCCACUGUAACAGUUUCACAACCCUCCAUACAGUCGUUGCCCACAGCCACGCCCAUCACAGUGCUAAAUACCGGCAACAACGCCACACAAUUGCUCAAUCAGAAUUUGCUACAACAAAUGCAGGCCGCCGGCUUGACGGCAGCCACCACCACCGCCCAACAGCCGCAGUUGCUCUUUCAAACCGGCAACGGGCAACAACAGCCGAUCGUCAUGCAACAGCUGAGCGCGCCGAAUGCUACGGUGCCACAGAAUAUCAUUUCGUUUGUGACGACCGAUGGCACACAAACGCCGCAGGUGCAAUACAUGACCAUACCCACAGCUAAUGAUUUUAAGCCCCAAGCACAGGCGACACCAUUUAUAACGGCAACCGCAGCACCGGCGCCGACAAAUCAAUUUCUACAAGGCGCAUUUCUUCAAACCGACGCCAGCGGUAAUCUGAUGCUUACCACUACCCAGACGCCGACCGGCUUGCAAAUGCUCUCCGCUACACCGUUAAAUAUAGCAACCGCAACGCCGGCGCCCCCGCAACCGCAAGUGAUCGGUACGCUCAUUAAUCCGCAAACGCUGCAAUUGGGCGGCAAUGUCAUAGCGACAACAGCAGAUCCACAACAUCAGCAACAGGUGAUAAUUGGUGGCAGUGCGACGGGUUUGGAGAUGAUAGCCGCUUCGAAUGCGGCCGCACCACAAGUCAUACUCUCCACCCAACCCAUGUACUAUGGGCUGGAGACGAUUGUGCAGAAUACGGUAAUGUCUUCACAGCAAUUCGUGUCCACCGCCAUGCCGGGGGUGCUCAGUCAGAAUGCCAGCUUUUCAGCGACCACCACGCAGGUUUUCCAGGCCAGCAAAAUCGAGCCCAUUGUGGAUAUACCAACUGGAUAUGUUGUACUCAACAAUGUCGAUACGACGCCAACAAUCGUACAGCAACAACCACAAACUACAACACAACAACCGAAUUUCCUUAAUGCUGCCGCGGUAAUACAACAACAACAGCAAACCACACAAAACAAUGAUUUACAAACCAACGAGCAACAACAAAUAUUCCGCCUACAAACAACCGAAAAUAGCGUCUCCGCCACAGUGACGGCCGCGACCGUUACGCCAACUGUGACAACAUCCAGAUUCCAAUUUCAGCCACAAUUGGUUGAACAGCAGCAACACCAAACACAGCAAUCAAACAACAAUGUGCACGUAGUUACAGCAAAGGUGCCACCGGUUGCGCAGGUAAAACGCAGCAACGCAGUAAAGGCCACGCCAAUGUCGACCGUUACGAAGGUGCAGCCGCAGCAAGUGGUGAAUAAGGUGUUGCCCACCACAGUGACGCAAUCCACGCAGCAGGCGUCCAAAUUGAGUAACAACAACAAGGCGCAGCAGCAACAACAACAAGCGUAUGCACGAAACGUUGCAGCCAACGUGGCAGCCACAGCCACAGCGGUGGCGGCAGCAGCAGCUGAAGCGCAUAUCACACUGACGCCAGUCACGAAAGCAGCAACGCCGCAGCAGUCCAACACAGUUGCUUACAGCAAAGUGUCCAACCACACCGACACGGCAGCCGUGUCCAUAUUUGUAACUUCAGUUACUACAACAACAACGACAAGCAGCAUCAAUCAGGCGACAACGGUGAAGGCCUUGUCCAGCGUGCCGGCAACGAUGACGACAGCAGCGCGCAAAACUAACCUGAUCCGACCAAUCACCGCCAAUAAGGCAGAGGUGAAGCCGAAAGUGCUGAAGACGGCUGCAAACACAGUGAACAAACAGCAGCAGCAACAACAACAACAACAGUCAACGCAGUCACAACUGCUGCAGCAGCAGCAGCAACAGCAACAGUUGCAACAACCGCAGCAGCAGCAAUUGCAAACGCCGCAGGCGCCCGCGCAGCAAGCGACGAAAAUGGCAAUGCUGAAACCACAACCACAAACAGCGCAGAUGUGCUUGUCACAGCCACAGCAACAGCAGCAGCAGCCACUGCAACAACAGCAACCGCAGUCGCAAGUGCAGCCACCACAAUUUGCCACGGAGCCGAGUCAUAAUCUGACGCCAGCCACCGUGCCAGCGCCCACCAUGCCAAUGCCACACGGCACCGGCAACAACAACGGCAAUAACAGCAACAAAUUGCUCGAAUACCAGCAGCCAGCCCCGUCGUUGCAGCCGCAACAUUUCGCCGAGGCGCCAGUAGUGCCACAACAACCGUACAACAAUGCGCCCACAACGAUGUACAGCAGUGGCGGUGUCGCACCGGAGGAGCAACAUCCCCCCGCGCCGCACCUUACCAACGGCAAUAUGACGCACAGCUACGACUGUAGCCAUCAGCAACAGCAGCCGCAGUUGCCACACACGCAACAGAUAGAGUUUAAUAGUCUAAGCUUGGAGCAGGUGGAGAGUUUUCCGCCGCCCACGCCGCAGCAACAACAGCCGCAUGAACAGGAGAACAGCAUUUUAGCGGCAGCGCACACCAACACUAAUGCAACUCUGGCGGGCAUUACCAACAGCAGCAACAACAACGGCAAUGCGCGUUGUCUGCAAUACACGAAUUCGGCGUUCGGCAAUGUCAACGUGCCGACGAACAUCGUGAAUCCCUUGCAACAAACACUGCAAUACAACAACAACAGCAACAACGGCAGUAAUAGCAACGCCACGACAACCACAAUGGGUUCCCGUCCGACAAAUCGUGUGCUACCCAUGCAGCAGCGGCAAGAGCACAUAGUCGCCACAACGCCGCCGCUGCAAGUGAAGCCGCCCACCGGUGUCAUGCCGAAGAUGUCCGUUAUGAACGCUGUGGACGCCAAGUGCUAUGACAGCAGGAACGCGGUGAACAGCGCCAAAAUCUAUUAUGAGGCCGAGGUGAAGAAAGAUGAGCAAAUGCUGCACAUGCUGCACUCACCACAACACCACCACCAGCAGCAGCAGCAGCAACAACAACAGGUAAUGCAAAUGCAGCUGCAUGAGCCCCACCAAGAAACGGCAAUCAUGAUGAAGUCGCUAUCGCCGGAGCCGCACUUCGUCGACGACAGCAUCAAGUGUGACUUGGACUUAAUUGAAACCGAGACCACGCUGUCGACGACUUGCCAACAGCUGCAGGAAAUGGUGCACAACAAUUUGCCGCGGUACACUGGCACCUGUCUGGUGGCAAACGAAAAGCCCAAAGAGCUAACGCCCACACCGGAGGAAACGUAUACGCUCAAUGGUCACGUGGACGCGCUGGCUGGCAGUGAUAUAUGUGAGCAUGAUGGUGAUUGUAUGGACGACAUGGAUGAUGAUGAGGACGACGAUGAGGAGGAUGAGGACGAAGAUGAUGAUGGUUUUAGCUUGAAAAUGCCCACAGAAGAUGGCGAUCACGAUAUGUCCGACAGUGAUGAGCCCGCUGUGAAAGAAAAAAUUAGCAAAAUACUCGAUAAUUUAACGAAUGAAGACUGUGCGGACUCACUGGCCACGGCCACCACAGCAGAAGCGACCAAUAUUGAGUUGAAUAACGUCAGCUAUCUAAGUGGCAUGUCAGGCGUCAGCGCCAAAAUGGCUGCCGACACUAUCAAGUAUCAGAAUGGCAUGCCCAACAACUACAACACAAGCGUAAACGCUGAUGAUAAUGCCGAUGUGGCAGCUGCCGCUACGGAAUACAUCACACAAAUGGCCGCCAAGAUGAGCGCGCACAUGCCAAAUGGCUCGCUCGAAGUGAUAGGCACUAACUUCGAUUUGCCGAAACUUGCGCCUAAAGUGCUAACGUCAAUGGCUAUGAAUACCACGAAUGGAAACCUCAGCGCUGCGCGACAAUGUGACGAAGUAGAGCGGACCGGCGCACUGGCCGCACGCACACAAGAGCCUUUAUUGGCGACACGCAAGCCGACACCACCGCCGCCGCCACCACAACGAGAUCCGAAGAAAAUCAGUGGCCCACACUUGCUCUACGAGAUACAAAGCGAGGAUGGCUUCACCUAUAAAUCCAGCUCGAUUGCUGAUAUUUGGGAGAAAGUUUUCGAGGCAGUACAAGUUGCACGUCGCGCACACGGCUUGUCGCCGUUGCCAGAGGGUCCACUCGCCGAUAUGGCCGGUGUGCAAAUGAUGGGUCUGAAGACGAAUGCGCUGAAGUAUCUAAUUGAGCAGUUGCCGGGCGUAGAGCGUUGCACCAAAUAUACGCCUAAAUACCAUAAGCGCACAACAACAAAUACGCACACAGGCGCAACAAAUGGCGGCGCAUCAUCGACGGCCGGCAAUAACGCUGCAUUGUUGAGCGCCACGCUGGCUGGCAGCAAUAUUGAACUGAACGGUUCACUUGACUAUGCGUCCGAUCCGGAUGAGCUGCAGGAGAAUCCAUACGAUUCUGCACGCUGCGAGCCAUAUGCGACGCGCUCCGAAUACGACAUGUUCAGCUGGUUGGCAUCCAGACAUCGCAAACAACCCAUACAGGUGUUUGUGCAGCCCUCCGACACUGAGCUUAUACCAAGACGCGGCACGGGCAGUAAUCUACCGAUGGCUAUGAAAUAUCGUACACUCAAGGAAACCUACAAAGAUUAUGUUGGCGUCUUCCGCUCGCACAUACACGGACGCGGUCUCUACUGCACGAAAGACAUCGAAGCGGGCGAAAUGGUUAUUGAAUAUGCUGGCGAAUUGAUACGUUCCACUUUAACCGACAAGCGCGAACGCAACUACAACAGUCGUGGCAUUGGCUGCUAUAUGUUUAAGAUUGACGAUAAUUUGGUGGUGGACGCAACUAUGCGCGGCAAUGCGGCGCGUUUCAUAAAUCACUCGUGUGAGCCCAAUUGCUACUCCAAAGUGGUGGAUAUACUCGGUCAUAAACACAUAAUUAUAUUCGCCUUGCGACGCAUCGUACAAGGCGAAGAGCUAACCUAUGAUUACAAAUUUCCCUUCGAGGAUGAGAAGAUACCCUGUUCCUGUGGUUCCAAGCGUUGCCGAAAGUACUUAAACUGAAGCGUUAUAAAGAAAACGAAACGAAACAAAUGUAACAGAACAAUAACAAAAAUGAAAGAGAGCUUCGGCCAUUGCAAAGUGCAGUGCAAAAAAAA